CUGAAGAAAACGCGCACUCAUCCAUCAUCCAAUUCCACUGAUCGCAGAAGUGAAUGCACCGCUCAUCUGAGCGCUGAACAGGCUGCGCUCUUCUUUGUGCAUCAGUCCUCCUGCUAGAACAAAUUUCGCAUUAGCUCUGGCCACGGAUUCAGCGCCAGGAAGCUACUUUUGGAUACAUCAGUUAUUCAAAACAAUCUACAAAUGAUUUACACAAUUUUGUAUUGCUGAGGUAUUUCAAAGAAAAUUUUAAUAUAUACUAUAUUGCCUAUUUGACAUAUUAGACAUACCUGUUACGUGGCAAUGACCGUCACCACUUUGGCGCACAAGAUACCACUGUGCGCAAUGGGAGAACAGGUGCAUUAUAUGUUAAGUGUAAGCCACAGGGCAGAAUGUUGCCUUCCGUUGGAUUUCCAGUAAUGGUCAGAAAACUCUUGGCUGAAAUUAAACCAUUCCAAAAUGGAUCUAAUGUGACGUUAAAGUGUACAAAUAAAGGUGGGAUGUGACACUAGUGUCCCCUAUCUCAACCCUGAAACAGACUCAACCCAGCCCUCCUCCCUGUCAGUAUGGAUCUCUGGCCUCUCCUCCCAUCAUCCCCCAACCUCUCCCUUCCCGAGCUCCUGUACUAUGACAGCUACUUCCCAGGGAACGAGUCCGACCUGGGGUCCCGGAAUGACACUCCUGACGAGACCCAACAGGUCUUCGACAAGACCAGCUCCGUGGUUAUUACCUUCAUCUACUUCAUGGUCUGCGCCGUGGGCCUGACGGGCAACACCUUGGUGAUCUAUGUCAUCCUGCGCUAUGCUAAGAUGAAAACAGUCACUAACAUUUACAUCCUGAACCUGGCCGUGGCUGACGUCCUCUGUAUGCUGAGUCUACCCUUUAUCGCCAUGCAGCUGGCCCUGGUCCACUGGCCAUUCGGCUCCGUGCUCUGCCGUCUGGUCAUGACCGUGGACUGUCUCAACCAGUUCACCAGCAUCUUCUGCCUCACGGUCAUGAGCAUCGACCGCUACCUGGCCGUGGUCCACCCCAUAAAGUCCACCAAGUGGCGGAAGCCACGCGUGGCUAAGAUCAUCAACCUGACCGUGUGGGGAGUGUCCCUGCUGGUCAACCUGCCAAUCAUGAUCUUCAGCGGUCUGAUGCCCAAUAAGAACGAGGCGUGGGUGUGUACCAUUGUGUGGCCAGAGCCUCAGGAGGCCUAUCAGACGGCCUUCAUGUUCUACACCUUCUUCCUGGGUUUCUUCCUGCCGCUCACAAUCAUCUGCCUCUGUUACCUGCUCAUCAUCGUCAAGGUGAAGUCGUCAGGCAUGCGCGUGGGCUCAACUAAGCGUAAGCGCUCGGAGAGGAAGGUGACCAGAAUGGUGUCAAUCGUAGUGGCCAUGUUCGUGCUCUGCUGGCUGCCCUUCUACGUGUUCAACGUCACCUCGGUGACGGGGACCAUCAACACCACGCCUGUCCUCAAGAGCACCUUUGAGUUUGUGGUGGUGCUGGGCUACGCCAACAGCUGUGCCAACCCCAUCCUGUACGCCUUCCUGUCGGACAACUUCAAGAAGAGCUUUCAGAACGUUCUGUGCUUGAAGAAGGUGGCAGGCCUGGAUGAGGCGGAGCGCAGCGACAGCCGCAUGGAGCGGACGCGCAUGGUCAAAGACGUCACCGCCGAAACGCGCAACGCAGCGCUGCUCAACGGCGAGCUGCAGACCAGUAUAUGACCCGUUUGCCAGAGUGUGUGAGACAGUGUUUGUGUGCGUGCUUGCUUGCAUGUGUACGCUUGUGUGUCUGUGUGCAGGUAUGAAAUCUGCAUAGUACUCGGUUCAUCUGAGGUGGCCGUGGGGCUGCUUGUGAGUAUCGUCACCCUGAACAGAUGGAUGGUCCUCUGCCCACUACCAGAGUGUAUGUAGACGAAUUAGAUAGACUAGUCAUUUUAACAUCACUCUCCUAUAAACUGCUGGGCAGUGGCCCAGGCACCAAGGGGGUCCAUACUGUCUUUUACAACAUACCUGUCAAGAUCCAUCUUGGAAAACAGAGAAAAAAGAUUGAUUUGAAGAAGACGAAAAAUAUGUCCUAUCACGUUUCAUUGACAUGGAUUGAUUCAUACUGUCUUGAGAGCAGGAUAUAAGAGAAAUAACACCUUUGAUAAAGCAUCUUAUUUAUUGAUAAGGAAGAUGUUACUCGCCAAGUCAGAUCCCCUUUGACUGAAGCUGGAGACUUUCGAAUUCUGCAUCCAGGAAGGUUGGAAAUCCUAUCUGACUGCAUUCGUGAAGCUUCUCUGACUUCAAACAAGACAAUCUCCUCUGGAUGUAUAUACAGUGCCUUCGGAAAGUAUUCACACCUCUUUACUUAUCCACAUUUUGUUGUGUUCCCGCACAAAUGUAAAAUGGGUUCAAUUGAGUGUGUGUCACUGGCCUACACACAAUACCCCGUAAUGUCAAAUUUAAACUAGUAUUCAACCCCUUUGUUAUGGCAAGCAUAAAAAUGUGCUUAACAAGUCACAUACAGUAAUACGUUGCGUGGACUCACUCUGUGUGCAAUAAUAGUGUUUAACAUCAUUUUUGAAUGACUACCUCAUCUCUGUGCCCCACACAUACUGAUAAUUGUAAGGUCCCUCAGUCAAGCAGUGAAUUUCAAACACAGAUUCAACCACAUUGACCAGUGAGGUUUUCCAAUGCCUCACAAAGUAGGGCACCUAUUGAAUGGUUAAAAUAAAAACAAAGCAGAUAUUUCAUAUCCCUUUGAGCAUGUUGAAGUUAUUAAUUACACUUUGGACCGUGUAUCAAUAAACCCAGGCACUACAAAGAUACAGGCGCCCUGCCUAACUCAGUUGCCAGAGAGGAAGGAAACCGCCCAGAGAUUUCACCAUGAGGCCAAUGGUGACAUUAAAACAGUUAUGGAGUUUAAUGCCUGUGAUAGGAGAAAACUGAGGAUCAACAACUUUGUACUGUAGUUACUCCACAAUACUAAACUAAUUGACAGACUGAAAAGAAGGAAGCUUGUACAGAAUAAACAUAUUCCAAAACAUGCAUCCUGUUUGCAAAAAGGCACUAAUGUAAAACUGCAAACAAAUGUGGCAAAGAAAUGAACUUUAUGUCUUGAAUACAAAGCAUUAUGUUUGGGGCAAAUCCAAUACAACACAUCACUGAGUACCACUCUUCAUAUUUUCACACAUGGUGGUGGCUGCAUCAUGUUAUGGGUAUGCUUGUCAUCAGCAAGGACAAGGGAGUUUUUUAGGAUAAAAAGAAACAGGAUAGAGCUAAGCACAUGGAAAAUCCUAGAGGAAAACUUGGUUCAGUCUGCUUUCCAACAGACACUGGGAGACAAAUUCACCUUUGAGAAGGACAAUAACCUAAAAUACAAGACCAAAUACACACUGGAGUUGCUUACCAAGAUUACAUUGAAUGUUCCUGAGUGGCCGAGUUACAGUUUUGACUUAAAUCGGCUUGAAAAUCUAUGGCAAGACUUGAAAAUGGCUGUCUAGCAAUGAUCAAGAACCAACUUGACAGAGCUUGAAUAAUUUUUAAAAGAAUAAUGUGUAAAUAUUGUAGAAUCCAUGUGUGCAAAGCUCAUAGAGACUUACCCAGAAAGACUCAAAGCUGUAAUCCCUGCCAAAGGUGAUUCUAACAUGUAUUGACUCAGGGGUGUGAAAACUUAUGUGAUAGAGAUAUUUCUGUAUUUAACUUUCAAUCCAUAUGCAAACAUUUCUGAAAAUGUUUUCACUUUGUCAUUACUCAGUUUUGUGUGAAGAUGGGUGAGAAAAAACAUAUAUUUAAUACAUUCUGAAUUGUAACACAGGUUGUAACACAACAAAAUGUGGAAUAAGUCAAAGGGUAUGAAUACUUUCUGAAAUGCACUGUAGACAUGGUUUUCUGUGACGUGUGUUUGCUCUCCUUGUAAAACCCAGUUCAGUUUCGAUCACACACUAUGUUUACUGCGCCUUGUUACUACCAUUCAUCUGUAGGAAGUCAUUACUCUCUGAUUUAUAUUUGGCUCAGACCUUAGAUGCUAGCACAGCCAAUGACGGGCAGAAUAAGAGAGCAUGCAUGCGAAUGAGAGCGAGGAGUGGUAACAGCAAUGAGAAGAAUAGCUUAUUAUCGGUGUAUUGCUCUUUUUGUCCCUUUGCUUCUCUUCCUUUAUUUAUAGCAUUUCAGAAUGCGAGAACAGUAAAACAGUACAACAUCCCCAACCCCUAUCCACCCACUCACCCAUCCCUAUCUCCCACCCAUCCCACCCACCCACCAAGGUAUCAUACAAGGGUAUCACAGAAAAGUCCAUUAAAUAGGACCGAAACGUUAACAGUAAUAGAAACAAAAACAAUGGAAAAAGUGACAUCAAAUUCAUAAUUAUAGUUGAAUCUUAUCAGCACAACAUGUGGCCACUAGAACAGACAUGACGGCUUACUAAAAUAUACAAGUGACACUGUGUAAAAGACAGGCUCUCCACGUAUUGUAUGAAUGGAGACCAGGUUUAGUCUAACUUUUGUCGGGACCCAAGCACAGUGUACCUAAUCUUUAUCCAGAGGCAGAGAUGACAUUAACUCCUUAACCCACUGCAUAAGGAGGGCGGCUUUGCAGACUUCCAGUGAAAAAGGACAAGGCGGCGCGCCAGCAGCGAGGCCAAUGCUUUCGCAUUCGCCUGAUGCUUGGUAACAUUCUGAUCUAGGGGAAGCACUCCAAAAAUAGCAUUGAAUGGGUUGGGGCUAAGAGUCGUAUUACACAUAUGUGGAAAUGCCUCAAAAAUGGGGUCCCCAGAAGCCUACACAAAGAUUGGCAUGACCAAACCAUGUGUCCCACAGUCGUUGGACUCUGGUGGCAUCUCAAACACUUAGGGGUCAACAUUUGGAUAUAUGUUUGCCAAUCUGUCAUUUGAGUAAUGGAGACGGUGCAAAACUUUGAACUGAAUGAACCUGUGCCUCAUGCAAAAUGAUGAGGUGUGGAUACGCUCAAUGAUGUGUUGCCCAGGAAGGCGGAUUAACAUUCUGUAGUAUGUCGUAUUAUAUGGAGAUUGUGCCCUUCAGAUAGGGGUUAAGAUCGAAGCACUUCUCGACUGGACACUUAGCGGUGUCGACUGGAAAUGAAGGGAAAUGGUUUUUUAGCAAAGCUGUGAGUUUGCAGGUACCUAAAAAAGUGGGUGUUGGGAAUAUUAUGGUCAACCCUCAGAGUUUUGAAUGAGCCGAUGUGUCAAUCUGCGAUGCCCGGUAGACAUGAUUAGAUGUUAAUGGGGAGAAAGAAGCACUUUGGUUGUUUAAGGCAAUUUCGGGAAUUGGGGCCAGAUUUUUUAAGUUCUUCACAAUGGGAUUCAAAACAUGGGUGCCAAGGUUCAUGAGCAGUGGGGAGCACAGGAACGAGACAGGAGUAGUUGGAAGGCUUGACUGUAUCUCCAUGAAAGCCCAAAUUGGACCAUCCUUGUUUUCAAAUGUCGAAACCAAAUAAACACAUUUAAAUAUAUUUGCUGACCAGUGGUAGUGUAAAUAAUUGGAAAGGCCCAGCCCGCCUGCAGGUUUAGGUCUCCCUAGAUAUAUCUUUCUCAUUUGUGGAUUUGACUUAUUCCCAAACCGUGUCAGAUUGCAUCACAACCUAUCCUUGUCAAUAUGAUAGUGUUGAAAUAAGGCAGGCAGGACUGAUCCCUUCUGUUCGUGAACCUUUCACCUCACACAUGCAAAAACACACACACACACACACACACACACACACACACACACACACACACACACACACACAGUCUCUGACAUGGGCGGUUCAUAUAGCUAUUGUAUACUGUUCAUAAUCUGGUAUAACAUUUUCCCACUGUCUUGGGGCCAAUCUUAUUGAUACUCAGCAGAAUGAGUUGUGUGUCAGCGUCAAUUCUAUGCUUUCAGAGUGACGCUGAUGUUUUCUGAAUGAACAGCAUUGCAUCACGGAGUGAUGAUACCUAGCCAAAGGAGCGGGGGAGCUAUAGCUGCAGUGUUUUGGUUGGUAGAGAGAUGGGUGGGCUUCAAUACCACAGUCCAAGGGCAACGUUGUUAUCUCUCCAAUGUGUACGGAUGGGGAAUCCAUGGUGUGUGUGUGUGUGUGUGUGUGUGUGUGUGUGUGUGUGUGUGUGUGUGUGUGUGUGUGUGUGUGUGUGUGUGUGUGUGUGUGUGUGUGUGUGUGUGUGUGUGUGUGUGUGUGUGUGUGUGUGUGUAUCUCAUGUAUUUUCUCUGGAAGGCCUUAACGUGUUAGCGUGUGUGUGAGCCACAAAUUUCACAGCCCAUUAAAGUGGUGAAAUCAGGCGUUGUAAUUAGCAUCAUUAUGCCAGAGGCGCGAGAACACUCUCGCUCAUGUACAGUAGGUUAUGUAGGCCUGUAGAUAGAUUUAACCCAAGAGGAUGAGGGUUUAGUAUAGUACACGGGAGUAUGGAACCUAAGCCUUCUCUCUAUGUGUUGUUCAUUUGUGAAGGGCUAGAACGUGCUAACCUUUGGGUGCACUGUUCAAAAUGAACUGUCUAUAAAUCGUUGAAUCCCUACCUUGUUCCUAGACACACACACACACACACACACACACACACACACACACACACACACACACACACACACACACACACACACAGUUCCAGACACAUUGAGGAGAACAAGUGAUGAGUUCACAACCAUUAGGAUUCUCCGUUACCAAUGCUUGCUCCUGUUACAGAGGAGCAGGGGGUCUUAAAUGAGAACAAGGAGGACAGAUAUAAGAUAUGAGGUCAUAUAUUCGUCUACAGUAAGCACUAUUGUCCUCUAAGUGGGAGCAAUCUUUCUCUCUUGGUCGCUUGCUUUCCUUCAGCUUGCAAACAGUAAGCGCCGUGUAAAAUGUUGUUAAUGAUGUGUCAAAAUGUGUUUAUUGUCACGUGUGAGUUCUCAGAUGGAUUACAGUUUAUUGGACAGUAAUUAUACUGCACUUUCGUAAUACAGAGCAAUUUGUGUGUGUGUGUGUGUUUAUGCGUGUGUGUGUGGGACUGUCGCUUGAUAUCAAUCACCCUUUCUGUUAACCAUAACUCACGAUUAGGGUAUGUACAAAACACUGUGUCAAUGUGCACAUAUUUAUCUAUCUCGUCUAUUCAUUACUACGUAUCAGUUGUGCUAGUGUUCCGUUAAAAUCGACUUAAUUAGUGAAGGAAGCGCCCAGUGAACGCUCCUGAACCUUAAACAAGCAUUAUAUUAUAGAUGGUCGUCUGGAGAGAUGACAUAUAUACAAUACAUUUGUAUAUGUAAUGAUCACUAACUGAACAAAGUAGUUACAGAGAGUUAGAGGAAGGGGUCGAACACGGUCAUACACUGUUACUCAAACACAGUCUUUUCCAUUAAGUAAACAGGAUGUUAAUGUUUAAAAGAAACAGCUAAAUGCAGAGGUCAAACCACACCAUCCCCUCCAUCAUGUCAAGUGUCUGUCUCUCAGGUUCAAGUGUCACAAGUGGUUGAACUCUAAACGAUGCAGGGGUAAUAUACUAUUGAAUGUCAGUGAAAUGAAGGAGCAGUACUCAUCAUCAGCACCAACAGUAUUCUUCUCACAGUGUUUUUCUCAAUAUCAGCUGCUCUUCUUGCGCUCCGAGGUGCAGUGCAGUAGCCUGGUCCAAGAUCUGUUUGUGCUCUUGCCAACUCCACCGCUGUCAUUGUAAAAAAAAAAACAUGUCUGGCCUGGCAACGAGUGACAAGGAGUUGGCAUGAUAGCAUAAACAGACUGGCACUCAGGCUUACAAAUGUAGUUGAAUACAGAGCAUAUCCCUGCUCAGCAAGUGAAAUUAUUACAUGUAGACAUUGUGAUUGUUGUGAUAAAGAGCAUUUUUUAAUGUAGUUAUAAUAAAUUAUAAUAAUACAUUUAAUUGAUAAUGCGCUUCUUGAAAAACAUCCUCAAAGUGCUAAAAUGUUAUAUGAGGUAGUCUACUGGGGCAAGAAAUAGUUGGGGUAUGUGGUCGUAAUUUACUGGGGUCAUAAUGUACUGACCAAAGACAGUUAUCAGGUACAAUGUACAGAACACUACACUAUACAGGUAACUGCCAAAAUAAAGGAAACAUUUGAGUAAAUGAGGGGUACAAAGUAUAUUGAAAGCAAGUGCUUCCACACAGUGUGGUUCCUGAGUUAAUUAAGCAAUUCAAAUCCAUGCUUAGAGUCAUGUAUAAACAUGUUUCAUUUUAGAGAUCUCAGUGGUCUAGAAAUCUCAGUGACUUUGAGAGAGGGGUCUCAAAGGAGCAGAUCAAAUCAAAUCAAAUGUUAUUUGUCACAUGUGCCGAAUACAACAGGUGUAGAUCUUACCGUGAAACGCUUGCUUACAAGCCCUUAAUCGAGUUAAGAAAACAUUUACUAAAUAAACUAAUGUAAAAAAUGUAAUAAAAAUUAACACAAUAAAGUAACAAUAACAAGGCUAUAUAAAGGGGGUACCGGUACCAAGUCAAUGUGCGAGGGUACAGGUUAGUCAAGGUAUUUUUUUACCUGUAGGUAGGUGUAAAGUGACUAUGCAUAGAUAAUAAACAGUGAGUAGCAGCAGUGUAAUUAGUCCGGGUGGCCAUUUGAUUAAUUGUUCAGCAGUGGCCUGGGGGUUGAACUUGUUAAGGAGCCUUUUGGACGUAGACUUGGUGCUCCGGUACCGCUUGCCGUGCGGUAGCAGAGAGAACAGUUCAUGACUUGGGUGACUGGAGUCUUUGACAAUUUUUUGGGCCUAAAUAGGUCCUGGAUGGCAGGGAGCUUGGCCCCAGUGAUGUACUGGGCCGUACGCACUACCCUCUGUAGCGCCUUACGGUCGGUGGCCGAGCAGUUGUCAUACCAGGCGGUGAUGCAACCCAUCAGGAUGCUCUCGAUGUAGCAGAUGUAGAACUUUUUGAGGAUCUGGUGACCCAUGCCAAAUCUUUUCAGUCUUCUGAGAGGAAAAAUGUGUUGUUAUGCCCCCUUCACAACUUCACAACUUGGCAUGUUUGGACCAUGAUUGUUUGUUGGUGAUGUGGACACCAAGGAACUUGAAACUCUCAACCCUCUCCACUACAGCCCCAUCGAUGUGAAUGGGGGGCGUGUUCGGCCCAUCUUUUUCUGUAGUCCAGGAUCAGCUCCUUUGUCUUGUUCAUGUUGAGGAAGAGGUUGUUGUCCUGGCACCACACUGCCAGGUCUCUGACCUCCUCCCUAUAGGCUGUCUCAUUGUUGUCGGUGAUCUGUUGUGUCUACAGCAAACUUAAUGAUGGUGUUGGAGUCGUGCUUGGCCACGCAGUCGUGGGUGAACAGUGAGUACAGGAGGGGACUAAGUACCCACCCCUGAGGGGCCUCCGUGUUGAGGAUCUGCGUGGCUUAUGUUUUGUUGCCUACCCUUACCACCUGGGGGCGGCCCGUCAGGAAGUUCAGAAUCCAGUUGCAGAGGGAGGUGUUUAGUGCCAGGGUCCUUAGCUUAGUGAUGAGCUUUGUGGGCACUAUGGUGUUGAUCGCUGAGCUAUAGUCAAUGAACAGCAUUCCAGCUACACCAAUGUGUCGGAGGAAACACCGUACACCUGGUGACAGUGUCAGCGUGCAUGCGCCGCCACAGGAGUAGGUAGAGUGCGAUGGGACAAGGAGAUCCCUGCCGGCCAAACCCUCCCCUAACCCGGAUGACGCUGGGCCAAUUGUGUGCCGCCCCAUUGGCUCGUGGUGGCCCAAUGCCCUAUUUAUACACGUUAUGUCAGUGUUUCCUUUAUUUUGGCAUCUUCUCUGACACAUUUACAGAUUGUUGUCUUUGAAACCCUGUACAUGUAAAAAUGGUUGGUUAGUUUUAUUUGAGAGUUUGCGUUAGCAGCAGUGGCACACAGUUAGCCUAUUAUUAGAAAGAUGUUAAGAGGUUCUGUUUUACUCCCAAUGGCCAUAGAAAUGGAGGAAUAUGUAUUUGAAUGUGUUGAGGUCAUAUUGAAUGGCUAAUACUAACUAGCUUUCCAUCCAAUUAGCGAAUGUGAAUAUUCAAAAAUCUGCAUAAAAAAAUUCCAAAGGAAAUGUGUUUCCAUCAAAUUGAC